AUGUCUUUUCCCUUUCAAAUAAUCGAGCAUACGAUCCCGGGUCAACACAUUCGAGAGUACCCGCACAGUACCAGGAAGAACUAUAUUCCCUUGGACCUUCCCACCCCGGUCCCUGAUAACGCAAUCACAAUCAUAGGAGCACCGGGCAAUGGCACGCAAAAGGAACUUUACGAGCCCCUCUGGGAGGAUCUUCAUGCCGAAUUGAAGCGGAAACAGAUCCCUUUGCGUGGUAUCUGGGUAGCGGACAUGUCAAACCAAGGAGCAAGUGGAGUUCUCAACGAAUAUAUCCAGGGUGAUCAAACAAACUGGUAUGAUCACUCGCGUGAUCUUCUCUACAUGGUCAAUCAUUUUCGCGACCAGAUCCCUCGUCCGAUUAUUGGUGUCGCGCAUAGUAUGGGUUGCGCUCAGCUAGUGAACCUCUCAAUAAUUCAUCCACGCCUUCUUUCUUCACUGAUUCUCUUCGAACCCGUCAUCGUGGAGAAAUCGUUCGGGGGUCCCAAUCCGGCCAUUUUCUCCAGUCGUCGCCGGGAUCUCUGGCCCAAUUCCGAAAAGGCUAAAAAAUCUCUCACGAAAUCUCUUAAGGGGUGGGAUCAUCGGGCGCGAGAAAGAUACAUCACCUACGGCCUUCGUAGUGUCCCAACUGCAAUCUAUGACCCCAAGGAGCCCAAGGUUGGCCCGCAGGCCGUAACAUUGACCACAAGCAAACAUCAAGAGUCAUGGAGCUUCACCACUCCAAACCUUGAGCCUGAAUCUUUAGAUAGGCUACUUUUGCCUGAUUGGCAUAGUGAACAAGAACGACCGUACUUGUUCUCUCGACCAGAAUGCUGGUCAGCCAUGAGGAAUUUACCAUACCUUAGACCAAGCGUGAAGUGGAUUUUUGGUGGCAAGAGCUUCCUUUCAUCACCUGGUGCGCAAGAGUCAAAGAUGCGAGCUACCGGAACCGGGGUAGGCGGAAGUGGCGGGGUGUGUGCUGGAGCUGUGGAAAAAGCGGUCCUAGCAGAGGGCGAGCACUUCCUUUGCUUUGAGCAGGUUGGGUGGUGUGCGAGUGUCUCGGGCGACUGGAUUGAGAAGUGGUUCAAUUCGUGGUUGGCGGACGAGACGUUCUGGGCGGAGUAUCGCAGUCGGAACUCGGACGAGGAUAUGUUGAGAAUGUCGGAAGAAGGAAUGAUGGUUAUGAAGAUGCCUACUGGGACGAAGAGGGGCGAUUUCCCUCCUAAAGGCAAGUUGUAA